UGGGCGCUGCUGCGGGUCGGCGCUCGCCGCGUAUCCGGCGGCGCGGGCGGAGUAUGAGGCCGGCGCGGACGGGACGCAGCGGGGCCCGGCACCAGAGCUCCCUGCGGUGAGGCGCGGCCGGCAGCAGCGGGCGCGGCGGAGCGGGGAUGGCUCGCGCCGGGGCUGCGGCGGAGGCUCUGCCCGGGGACUGGCCCCGGGAGGCGGCGGCGGCGGGAGACGCCUCCUGCCGCAGGGAGGACGGGGCGCGGGACGCGCUCUCCCUGGAGCAGAUCCUGCGGCUCUACAACCAGCCCAUCAACGAGGAGCAGGCGUGGGCCGUGUGCUACCAGUGCUGCGGCUCCCUGCGGGCCCGGGGCCGCCGCCGCGAGACCCCCGCCGCCAGGGCCGAGGCGGCUGCCCACGUCCGCAUCUGGAAGGACGGGACCGUCACCCUGGAGCCGCCCAGCGGGGCUUCCCCUCCGGCAGCAGAUACAUCAGGACAUUCACACUGUACAGAAACAGAGAUUAUUGAAUCACUGGGGAUUAUUAUUUAUAAAGCGCUGGACUAUGGCUUGAAGGAGAAUGAAGAGCGAGAACUAAGUCCUCCCUUGGAGCAGCUUAUAGAUCACAUGACCAAUACCGUGGAGGUAGAUGGAAGUAAAGAUGAAGGCUAUGAGGCUCUGGAUGAAGGCGUGGAAGAAGAUGAAGAGGAAAAAGAGGAAAUUGAGGUCAUUCACUCCUAUAAAGAUGUCAUGAAGUUGUGUGCUGCCCAUCUACCAACCCGAUCAGAGGCGCCAAACCACUAUCAGGCAGUAUGUCGGGCACUGUUUGCUGAAACAAUGGAGUUGUACACAUUCCUGGCCAAAAUUAAAAGUGCAAAAGAGAAUCUGAAGAAGAUUCAGGAAAUGGACAAAGAAAAGAGUGAUGAAUCCAGCACAGACCUUGAUGAGUUGAAAAAUGCUGACUGGGCUCGCUUUUGGGUACAGGUGAUGCGAGAUUUGCGGGAUGGUGUUAAACUUAAGAAGGUUCAAGAGCGUCAGUAUAACCCACUUCCAAUAGAAUAUCAGCUCACACCCUAUGAAAUGCUAAUGGAUGACAUUCGAUCCAAACGCUAUACAUUAAGGAAGGUUAUGGUCAAUGGGGAUAUUCCACCUCGAUUAAAAAAGAGUGCUCAUGAAAAAAUCCUGGAUUUCAUCCGAUCACGACCCCCAUUAAAUCCUGCCUCUGCGAGAAAACUGAAACCAACCCCACCACGGCCACGCAGCCUCCAUGAAAGGAUACUGGAGGAAAUCAAGGCAGAAAGAAAGCUGCGCCCUGUCUCACCAGAUGAGAUCAGGCGUAGCAGGCUAGCAAUGCGGCCACUUAGCAUGUCUUACAGUUUUGACCUGUCAGAUGUGUCCACACCAGAGGCCUCAAGAAAAUUAGCAGACAGCUCUGUAGCAAAUGGUGGCUUGACACCACAAGCAAAGGUGAAUGGCGUCAGCACUACCCAAGUGACAAUGCAGCGAAAGAGACUCCUUAAAGCCCCUACAUUGGCUGAACUGGAUAGCUCGGAUUCAGAGGAGGAGUCUAUGCACAAAUCAGCAAGCAGCAGCAGUGUCUCUCUUUCCCAAAUGGAAGACUCCUUUCAAGAGACAACCUCUGGUAGAAAGAUGCCUCCAAAGUUUUUGCCAAUAUCAUCCACGCCACAGCCAGAGAGGCGGCAACCACCGCAGAGACGACACUCCAUUGAAAAGGAAACGCCGACUAACGUGAGACAGUUCCUACCACCUUCAAAACAGAGCUCCAAGUCACUUGAGGAGUUUUGUUACCCAGUGGAAUGCCUGGCUCUGACAGUGGAGGAAGUCAUGCACAUUCGUCAGGUGCUAGUGAAAGCAGAGCUGGAAAAGUAUCAGCAAUAUAAAGAUGUCUACACUGCCCUCAAAAAAGGAAAGCUCUGUUUCUGUUGUCGAACAAGGAGGUUUUCUUUCUUCACCUGGUCCUACACCUGUCAGUUCUGUAAGAGGCCUGUAUGUUCACAGUGUUGCAAAAAGAUGCGAUUGCCAUCAAAGCCAUACUCCACCCUUCCUAUCUUUUCUCUGGGACCUUCUGCUUUGCAGAGAGGAGACAGUUUUAUGAGACCAGAAAAACCCUCCACCAGUCACCACCGGCCGCUUAGGAGCAUGUCCAGGUUGUCCGCAAAGUCUAAGUCUGUGGAUAAAUCAAAUGAAGAUCUACAGUUUCCCAAAGAGUUAAUGGAGGACUGGAGCACCAUGGACGUGUGCGUGGACUGCAAAAAGUUUAUUUCAGAAAUCAUCAGCUCAAGCCGGCGCAGCCUCUCUCUGGCCAACAAACGAGCCAGGUUAAAAAGGAAAACACAAUCAUUCUGCAUGGCAUCACCAGGCAACUCUGAAUACUGCCCUUCUGAGAGAACGAUCAAUGAGAUCUGAGUCUUGUGCCUUUUUCUUUGCUUUUGUCUUCAUGAGGUCAGCAUCUGUGAGAAAGAUCACUGAAACUACCCUUCCCUUUGUUUUACUUAACGAGCUUGAAUUUGCAUUAGAUCACAGGGUUUGCUAUUCUGUGGUUUCCACAGACUCUACAUUCCUAUCUAUAGAUAAUGAUAAGUAAUAGGUCAGCCAAUAACUCGUUUGCACUGGAAGGAAACAAUAGUUUGAAAAUGUUCCCUGUGUGUGUGUGUGUGCGCGUGCAUUGUGGAGAUAGAAACCCUUUAUUUGCAUUCAGUUUUUCAUCAUUCCUUGAAUUGUUUUUAGGACAGGAGCUGAAUUGUAUUCCUAAAGGAGAACCAAAUCUAACACAGGUGUCAAUGUUAGCACAAUUGUAAGCAGUAAGUCAUAUUGGCAUUACCGACCUAAUAGUGUUCAUGUUCUAGUUUAUAUGGCACAUGGAACCAUGUUGUACACCAAAAACCUAGUGUGGGCUGUUGGUCUCAUUGUCUCACAGCACAAAACCUAGAAGGUUUUGCUAGUGCUAUCAACAUUAUCUUUCUUUCAACUGUUGUUACUGCUCUGAGAUCAUGGUUCAAUGUGGAACUUUAUAAUGUCUGUGUUCUAGUGUAAAAUAUCUCAGUAGGCUGUAUGUCCAAAUGGUGGGCCAUUUACCCUGAGCUGCUGUACUUCUAAGCCCUGGUGUAAUUAGAAGUGUCUCCUGUGCAGGUAAGAGUAGUCGAUUCCUUAUUUUGAAUGUAUUGUGAUUAUUAUAUUUGGUAGUCGUAGUUUUAGCAGUAGAUAGAGCUGUACACUCGAUGGGGAGGGUGGGAAAUAAGAGAGGCUUCUAAGUUUAACUGAAUUCCUGUAAAGUAUGUAACAUGGUUACCCAGAGAGGAAGUAUGGGUAAUAUGUAUAUUUGUAUUAUAGUGGAACACACAAGCACUGCUAUUAUUAAAAGUUCAGGAGCAUAUCCAUUAUAAAUCCCAUUUUUCAGGGGUUUAUAGUUUGGCUGUAAAAUUUAGGAUCCUGAUGAAAUUUGGGACAACUGUGUCUCAGAUUAGGAGCACUUUGUUUUGCUUUUUAACAAACUUAUGGAGAAAAAAGUCUACCUGUUAAAAGUUUCAAUAAUGUUACAAUGUUAACAAACAUCACAUGCUUUUUGCUCUUUUUUAUAUUCAGAUGUUUUGUUUUUAAAGCAGUUAAAACAUAAUUAGAGUUUAGUCCAUAAUAUGGAGAUAAGUUAACACAACCAAGUUACUAAUACUUGAAAAUCAACUACUGUGCGUACACAGUAACUUUUUCAUAACAUUUUUCAUACCCAGAUUGACAUUUAAUAUCAAUACAGUUCUGUAUUAUAUAAUAUCAUAGUAGGAAAGAUUCAGAUCUAAUUUAUUAACAUUUCUGUACUAGAGAUUGAUGAGAGAUACCUCAGAACUGCUCCAAAGUAGCUGAGACAGGGUUUUUGUAAUACAGUUAAGGUUGAUCUGUUUUCAAACUCUAAAUACAUAUUUACAAAAUAGAAUCUCUUGAACCAAAUAUUAUGCAUUUUAAAAAGUCACUGGGAGCCAAAUCCUAGACUUGAUGUCGGGGCUCUGGGUUGAUGAUGGGAGUAUGGUUCCCACAUUCCACUGAGCAACAUUAGAGCCACUCUGCAACUGCUGCUGCACCAUCCCUGCUGUGUGGGAGGGGAGUAGCCACCCACUGGGACCACCUUCACAGGCUUCCCAAAUCCACGCAGUGGAGCUGCCCCAGUUUCACAGUAGGCUGGGCUCCCUGCCCCCCAAACGUGCAGGAUUUCCCCUUUCAAGGCAUAUUUGCAAGUUAAGUUGUAAUAGCUCCAAAGCAGCUAGUCUGCUAUUAGGUAAAUGUGUGUUUGGGCUGUUCUGAAAAGCUUGUACAAAGGGCUUUUUAAACCCAUCCUGGGACACAUCCAUCCUCAUUUUCCUUUAAUCGUAUUUACAUAGUUUGCACACACAGCGAGUAUCGGGUAAUAAUGUUAAGGGUUUGCCUGAACUGAUGAUCCCAGGAAGUUCAGAGUUAUGUGUGAGUCCCCAUUCUUAACCCUUUCCUUUCUGCAGAGGGCCAUGCAGCUGUUACACCCUCUGUCUGGGGACCUCAGGACGAUGGGUCUUUCAUAUUAAAGCAGGGGUGAAAGUAACUUAAAUGACUUAACGGUACGCUGGAGCCCUGAGCAAGGGGUGGGGCCUCAAUUGGAAGAGGCAGGGCCUUCAGAGCCCCAGGCCCUUUAAAUCUCAAUUUAAAGGGCCCAGGGCUGUGGUAGCGGCGGCUGGGCCCUUUAAAUUGCCAACGGAGCCCCAGGGCUCCCAGCUGCCUCCGCUACCCCAGGGGUCCAGCAGCGGGGAUCUGGCGACAAUUUAAAGGGCCUGGGGCUUCAGCCGCUGCUGGGAGCCCCAGACCCUUUAAAUUGCCGCCGGGGAAGCCAGUUUGGUACGGCGCACCGGCUCUUGCUGGUACUCUGUACCGGCUUACUUUCACCUCUGUAUUCAAGGAAUUACAAUAUCUUGAUGAGUUAAGGACCUAUGACAGUGGGGUAGCACAGUGCAAUUCAUGUGAAAUGGGUAAUAAGAUCCCCCGUUAGUCAUGGUAGCACUUCUUUUGCCACUUGUGUUUCUGUGCCAAAAUCAAUCCCUGCAGCCCAGCUACCCACCCAUCCCUUUUUCCCUUGCUGUAUUGCCUAGUAAUCACACCAGAUGACCAGUUCCCAGGGAAGCACAUGGGGCUUUUAUUUUAAACCCCCAUUAUUCUGUGUUUAAUUUUUCUUGGGAAACAUCCCCCUCUACGCCCCUUACAUCUAUUUACUGCUCCUCUUCAUGGCCCCUUGGAAAAAGCUGCAGGAGCAGGAAACGCAUUCCUUGAUGUCUCUGAGGCUCUCAGGGGUGCAGAGUAUGCAGCAUGUUUUUCUUUCUAUUGGGAGGGAUUUGUGAUAGAAGCCAUAGCCUCAUAAUGCCUCACAUCCAGUAUAUGAGCAGUGAAAUCAGACUCCAGCCCUGCAGAUCCUGGGCCAUCCAUGAAGGCCUACUCCUCUGUGCAUCAUCCCUGCUCCCUGCAGCAUGGCUUCCUUGGUGAGAUAUUCUCUCCCAUAUCAGUGCAUCCUCAUAGAUGCUGUAGAGGAGAGCUGAUGCUGCUUCUAGCAUCAUUACUAACUUUGUGGUGUUUGUGAUACUGCAACACCUAGCAGACCUAGUCACCUGCCAUGACCCUGUUGUGCUAGGCACUGUACAAACACAGAACAAAAAAUGGUCCUGUGAACUAGUGAAUGGUCGUCAGCUUAAGAGUCCAUUAGUGUGUGAGGGCAGCAGAGUGCAAAGGCUGGCGGCUUCCAGUUCUACCCCCAUCCGCCUGUCUCGGCCACUCCAGGGCAGUGUGAUGGUAGCACACAGAGACUCCCACAAGAACCUGGAGAGGGGAAUCCUGCCCUAGAGCUGCCAAUCUCUGGGGGGGUUUCCACGCUGGUUGCUUCCAUCUAUAUUAGGGAAAAUAGACUCUUGUACAAUGUGCUGGCCUUUACUUUGGCAGAGGAAACAAAGUAAGAAAUGCAAUUCUCUUUCUCAAGCAAAGGCGGAAGAAGCACUGUCCACUCUUUGCCUGGAUCAGUCUGGAGUGGACUAUUUUGAGCUUUCCACCUCACCGUUCAUGCUAGUGUCCGAAACCCAUUCCAAGUGUCAAGGACCAGUCCACUUUACCCGCGUACCUUAUCAAGCUGCCCACAAAGUCCUAUUUAUGGCUUAAAUUUCAUAUCUGUGUCAGAAUAGAAAAACAAAAGUUUGUAAAUGUCUGUAAUAUAUUUAUUAAUAUUUAGAAAGCUGUCAUGCAUUGAGCAAUGGGAAUUGACUUUCCCAUGAAGAUUUUAAAAAAAAGUGAGUCUUAUUUAUAUGUAUAUUGAUUAUAUUAUUAGAUUUAAAGUUGAGCCUCUCUCCAUAGACAUUGUAAAAUGAAUUUCUGUUGAAAAGACUGUGGGACUAGCACAGCGAGCUCAUUUCAAUGAGUUUUUAAAAUCUUUUUUUUUUCCCUCUGUGUUUAAUAAAACUAGGACUUGUAUAAGUGCAUCAGAGACCCAAAAGGGGUUUAAAAAAAUGUCAUUGACAAUGCAAUGGUCUUGUAUUUUAUACAUGAAAACAGUUCUUGAGAAUUCAAAGCCAGCUCAGCCUUGCUAACAGCUGCAAUGAAGGUAGCAAACAGGCCUUUGUGGCAGCUCUCAUGUGUAUAAAACAAAUUCUUUCAACAUUCAUGGUGACGAUAUUGCUUAUGGGGUUUUUUCAUUAAGUCCUUUAUUGAAGAAAAAAAAACCUGGGGACAAUAAAAUGUCUUUGGAGCAUA